CUAUAUAUAUAUAUAUAUAUAUAUAUAUAUAUAUUAAAAGUAGGAGCUCCGUUGUCGCCAUGUUUGGCCGCCGAGAAAAUUUUCACCGGAAAACAGUCAUUCCUUUUCCGGAUCUCCGCCGUUCAAAUGAAGUGAAGAGUCCGCCGUUCCCCGCAAUCCACACGAGAAAUUUAGAAUCAUAAUCUGCUUUUAUGUUCUCGGUCUUCUUUUACAUUUUGAAUAGAUUCCUCGAAUCAUGAAUCGCGAUUUUUCUUUUUCUGAUGGAAAUUUUACGAGGCUUGUGCUGAUUAUUUCUAUGGCAGGUAAAAAAUUUCUGACAGAUAUCAUUUCCGACAUCUGUAGCAAUGGUUCGAGAGAAGGACAUGUGUUGGGAGUUCGCAGAUAAAUUAGACGGGAAUAAGGUGAGGUGCAAGUUCUGUUCUAGAGUCUUGAAUGGCGGAAUUAGCAGGUUGAAGCAUCAUCUAUCUCGACUUCCGAGUAAAGGAGUGAAUCCUUGUACCAAGGUAAGGGACGAUGUCACUGAUAGAGUCCGUGCUAUUUUAUCUGCCAAGGAUGAUGCUAGAGAAUCGCCUAGCACCAAAAAGCUGAAAACCCCAGAACUUAAACCUUCACCUGGGAAUUUACCUGUUUCUAGGCCUCUAAUUCCCUUAGAUGCUGUCUCUUCUGCUGCUAAAGUUUUCCCGACCAUCCUUCAACCGCUGCCAUCUUGUUCAAACAAUCAAGAGAUUGCAGCGAGGAGUAUUGCUCUUUUCUUCUUUGAGAACAAGAUCGACUUUGGCGUGGCCCGCUCAUCGUCGUAUCAGCAAAUGAUCGAGGCAAUUGCGAAAUGCGGUGUCGGAUUUGUUGGCCCUUCUGCUGGAUCUCUCAGGACUGUGUGGUUGGACAGGGUAAAGUCCGAAGUUGGCAUACAGUUGAAAGAGAUUGAGAAAGAGUGGCACACCACCGGCUGUACUAUCCUGGCGGAGGCAUGGACUGAUAACAAAUCCCGGGCACUGAUAAACUUCUUUGUCUCAUCGCCGUCAAGAACCUUCUUUCACAAGUCUUUGGAUGCUUCUUCAUACUUCAAGAACACGAAAUGCCUAGCUGAUUUGUUUGAUUCUGUAAUUCAAGAUAUCGGACAAGAACAUGUCGUGCAAAUCAUAAUCGACAGUAGUUUCAACUACACAGGUAUCUCGAAUCAUAUCUCGCAAAACUAUGGAAGCAUUUUUGUGUCUCCUUGUGCAACUCGGAGCUUGAACAUGAUAUUAGAAGAAUUCUCCAAGUUAGAUUGGGUGAACCGAUGUAUACUUCAAGCACAAAUCCUGACCAAAUUUAUAUACAAUAAUGGCUCAGUGCUGGAUCUGAUGAUGAAGUUCACAGGUGGUCAAGAUAUAAUUAAGAGCGGUAUCACGAGGCCUGUCUCCAGUUUUUUAUCGUUACAGGCAAUGAUGAAGCAAAAGGCAAGGCUGAAGCACAUGUUUAACAGUGCAGAAUAUUCUGCCAACUGUUCAGACGCAAAUAAACCGCAGAGCGUAUCAUGUAUGGGCAUCAUCGAAGACAAUGAUUUCUGGAGGGCUGUUGAAGAAAGCGUGGCUGUUUCCGAGCCUAUUCUGAAGGUGAUGAGGGAAGUAUCAGCAGGA